GAGACCAUGGCUUUCCCGAGUACUUUCAGAAGAUUGCGGGCCCGAAGUCUGUAGCCUUCGCUAAUGGUCCGCAGCACAAGCGCCUCCGGAAUAUGUGCCUGCGCAGUGUGUCGGACAAGCGACUGGCUGUUUACCUGCCCAUCUUGCAGGAGCUGAGCGCCAGGCACCUGGCAAGAUGGGCUGAGCAAGGGGCCGCGGAGGCGACGCCGAAGGAUAUUCACUUUCAGAUCAAGAAGUUUGCCUUUCAAAGUGGGCAGGCGGCAGUACUUGGUCCAAGUGUGACGGAGGAAGAGGUAAACCGUCUCAUGCACCUCUUCGAUCUUGCGAUUGCCGGGAUUAAGUGCGCGGCACCUGUGAAUCUCCCUGGAUUCCCAUUCCACUCCAGCAUGUCGGCUGGGCGACAAUUGAAAAAGCAUUGUGGGACGUUCGCAGACCGGCGUCGCAGUGCCCUCCAACGAUCCGGGAUGCCCACCUGCAUGUUGGACGCUCUACUCUUGGAAGGCAUGAGUGACGCGGAGCUCGCGGACAAUUGCGUCACAAUGAUGCUUGCUGGCCACGACACGACGGCAGCAUCCACCCACAGCAUCCUCUACCGGCUCAAGCAGCUUCCGAAGCUUGAGACAGAGCUGAGGAUGGAAGUCGACAAGAUUUGGGAUGGCGUGUCUCCCAUCACAAGGAGCCAUUUGGAGGCGAUGCCGCGCACAAGCUCCUUUUUGCAGGAGGUUUGGAGAUCGGCGCCGCCAAUUUCUUUCAUUGCCCGGAAGCUCAAGGAAGACGUGGAAGCUGAUGGUUUCGUGGUGCCUAGAGGAUGGAACUUGGCCUACUUCCCAGCCGGAGACUUCAGCACAGCUCCAAAUCCCAAGACGUUCAUGCCAGACCGCUAUUUGGACGCAGAAGGGCGGUUUGUCGACAGCACAUCGGAUGCCACCGCGUUUGAGGUCUUCGGAGGAGGGGCACGUAUGUGUAUCGGCUACAAGUUUGCAAAGGAUGAGCUGCUUGUUUUCCUAAUGUGCUUCUUGAAAGGCUAUGACCUUGAGAUCAAGUCAUCGAAGCCCAAAAGUCUACCGUUUCGCUCCUACAGCAUAGAAGGCCGGUUCCUGAAGCGCACCUGCCUUUGA